AUGACAGCGCUGCUCAAACGCCUUGCGACACAAGAUGUCCUACUGCAAGAAAUCCACGAUGUCGAGGCUAAGCUACGAGAAAAGGCUGAUAUCGAGACGCGCAUGGCGAUUGACGAAGAGCGCCAAAGGACUCUGGACUCAUUUCCCUUUGUCAAUCCUCAAGGAAUCUUCCAGGCGAAUUCGAAACUCAGACACUCAAACACCGGAUUCUGGCUGAUCGAGAAUGACACCUUCACAAGCUGGAUACAUCAAGCUACACAACAGCGAGCUGUGGCAUUCUUCUACUGCGAUUACAAAGAUAAGAAAAGUCAGAAGCUGGUGAGCAUAUUAGGUACCAUUACGUCGCAGCUUGCGAGGCAGAAUGAGCAAAGCUUCCAGCUACUCCAGGCAUACGCCUCCACGCUAAAGCCACAAAAUCAAUUACCACGCAGCCCAGAAGUCGACGAACUUGUUGAAUUGAUCAAGGAAAUGGCAAAAACGUUCGAGGAUGUUAAAGGCUGCCUAAUGAAGUAA